AUGGUUUCCGAGGGUGCUGCAAGAAUGACAGACGAGUAUGUGAGGUCUUCUAUCGACUGGCAUGAGAAUUAUAGAGGGUUUCUCAAUGGGGAGUUUCUGAUUUCUUCAUGGUGGAGAUUAGGGUUUUCUGAAGUGGAAUACCCAUGGGGCAAGCCAAGGCACAGUUGCCCCCUGCUGCAGAGCAAGAAGGAUAUCAUUUUGUUCCUCACUAAGAUCAUCAAUAAUGGUGUAAGUGUUUGGGUUGCAUUGCCUGCUAAAGAGAUGGAGAAGUUCCAAUCCCUCUUCCAUAGGUUUUUGGAAAGAUCUAUCUAA